CAGAAUCUCUGCUGUUGCUUUGCUCACGCUUGAGCACUCCGAGAUGCUGCGUGACUUGCCGUGUUGCUCCAGCACUCUGUGUACUGCAGCUUAUAUUAAGAUGGCUUCAUAUUCUCUCUUCCUAACUCCAGUCUCCUGCCUACAACUCUCCUCUUUCAAAGUACAUUUAUUAUCAAAAUGAGUUCAGUAUACAUCACCAGAUGCUACCCUGAGAUUCAUUUUCUUGUGGGCAUUCACAGUAGAACAAAGGAAGACAAUGGUAUCAAUGAAAAACUACUUACAAAGACUGACAAGCAGCCGAUGUGCAAAAGAAGACAAACCGUGAAAAUACAAAAAAUGCGUAUUAUACUAAUAAUAAAUAAAUAAAUAGAGAAUGACUUACAGGGUCCUUGAAAGUGAGUCUGUAGGUUAUAGAAUCAGUCCAGUGUUGCAGUGAGUGUUAUCCACGUUGGUUCAGUCACCUGAUGGGGUAUUAAUUGUUCCUGAACCUGGUGGUACGGGACCUAAGUAAGGCUCCUGUCCUUCCUUCCCGAUGGCAGCAGCUAGAAGUAAGCAUGGCCUGGGUGGUAGGGGUCCUUGAUGAUGGAUGCUGCUUUCUUGUGGCAGCACUCCUUGUAAAUGUGCUCAAAGGUGGGCGUUCUCUCAGUGCCUCUAAGGACUUUCCUAUCCUUGCCUUGACUACAUGACUGGCAAAGAGGAGGCAGAGAUAGCUUGGUCUGUGGGGCAGAGAGGUGGCAAAUGCAAUUUAAUGCAGAGAGUUGCAAUGCUGGGUUCAUUCCUGACCUCUGGUGGAAAAAGCAAGGCAAAGGAACACACGAUAAAUGGGAGGGUAUUGAGGAGGUUGGAGGAACAUUGGCACAAAGAUCCUUCAAGUUAGCAGUGCAGGUAGACAAAGUAUUAAACAGUAAUUAUUAACAGAGGAUUUAGAUGCUUUCUUUUAAUAGCUAAGGCAGAGAAUUAAAGAGCAGGGAGGUUACUUUAGGCUUGGAGGUGAAAUGUAAAAGGAAAAUAUAUAGUAAAUGGCUGGAUAAUCAAGAGCAAUGAUGUAUAGAGGGACUUUGGGGAGCAAGUCUAUAACUUCCUGAAAGUGGCAUCACACAUAUAUAGGAUGGCAAAGAAUAUGUAGGGAGGCAUUGAAGUUUUAUGGCAUGCUUGCCUUCGUCAGUCAUGUUGUAGUUGUAUAAAAAAACAUUUAUACACAUUUCUUUACAAGAGGGAUGUGCAGAGGGGACAGCAAAGGUUGACCAGGAUCCUGUUGGAUAAGAGAGCAUUAGCUAUAAGGAGAGGUUGGACACACCUAGAUUAUUUUCUCUGGAGCACUGGAGGCUGAGGGGAUUCCUGAUAGAAUUUUAUAAAAUUUUUGAGAAGCAGAAAUGGAGUAGACUGUCUUUUUUCCCCGGAUGUAAAUGUCAAAUUUAGAUGUCAAGCGUAUCUUUAAGCUGAGUUAGGAAAGUUUAAAGGAAAUUUGCGAGUCAAGAUUUUAUCUCGAGAGUGCUAGGUCCCUGAUACAUGCUACCAGAGAAGGAGUGGAGACAGAUAACAUCAAUAUUUAAGAUGCAACACACCAAUUGCUGGAGAAUCUCAGCAGAUCAAGCAGCAUCUGUGGAGGGGAAUGAACAGUUAAUGUUACGGGCCAAGACCUUUUAUAAGGACAAGUAGUGUUCACGGCCUGUUUGGAAAUCUGACAGCAGAGGCCAUGUCCAGGGUGGCGAGGGGUCCUCAAUUUUAUUUAUUUAUUCAUUUAGAGGUACAUCACAGCACAGGCCCUUCCAGCCCAACGUGCUGCUCCGCCCAUCAAUGCACUGAUUUAAUCCUAGCUUAAUCACAGGAAAGCUUACAAUGACCGAUUAACCUGUACCUCUUUGGCAUGUGGGAGGAAAACGGAGCACCUGGAGGAAACUCGUGCGUACACGGGAAGAAUGUACAAACUUUCUUACAGAGGACAUCAUAAUUGAAAUCUGAUGCACUGAGCUGCAUUAGUGUUACGCUAACCACUCUGCCACCAAGGUACCACCUUCUCGCAGCAUUGCCUAUUGAAGCUGUUCUUGACGGACAUCUUCUGUGAAUCCUGGAGCCCGGUAUUAACACCAUACAAUGAUCGCACCUAAGGUGCUCCUUGUACGUUGACUUUAAGAGCAAACAAGCAUGGACAGACCAGUCAGAUCAUCAUGGAUGCUCAGCUUUUCCAAAAUACCCCAGCUGGAGCACAGAGUGAGAACAGACCUGAGGUUUGAUCAACUUAAGUGAGAGGCUGAAUUGGAAAAGUCUGGUAUUAGCAGUGAACGGGCCUGAGAGCAUACUGAAGCAGCAGGGCCCAGGUCCGAGAGCAAGAAAUGACCCGGAACUUGGACAAUUUAAGUUCUGGGUGAGAUAGAAAAAGUCAGGGUGUUAGGGCCAGAGGUGAGGAAUGUAUGGCUGGAGGGGAUAUGGGCUGAAUGCAGGAAUUUGGGAUUAUCUGGGUGGGUAUCAUGGUUAGCAUGUACUCGUUGGGCCGAAGGGCCUGUAUCCCUGCUGCAUUGCUCAGUUUAUGACUCUACAAAUCUGAUGAAGGGUUUUGGCCCAAAUUGUCAACAGCUGAUUCCCCUCCAUCGAUGAUGCUUGACAUGUUGAGUUCCUCCAGCAUUUUGUGUGUGUUGCUCAAUUUCUCCAGCAUCUGCAGAGUCUCUUGUGUUAAUGACAUUCUCACUCCUGGUUAAGUGGGGGAACUAAGAAAUGAGCCCUCCCCAUCACUGAGAGCUUUUACAGGAAGCACUGGAUCAAGAAGGCGAUAUCCAUCAUUGUGGAUCAUAGCAGGUGGCAUCUAUCAUCAUUGAAAUUAUCAAAUAUUGAAAAGUUUACUAUAGGUGCAGUGGGGAUGUGGAGAAGACAUUUUCUACAUUUUCUACAUUUUCUACGUCCAGGACCAGAGGGCACAGCCUCAAAUACAAGGAUGUCCCUUUAGAAUACAGAUGAGGAAGAAUUUCUUUAGCCAGAGUAAUUUAUUGUCACAGACAGCUGUGGAGGCCAUGUCAUUGGGUAUAUCUACAGCUGCAUUUGAUAGGUUUGUGAUUAGUCAGGGUAUCAAAGGUUAUGGGGAGAAGGCAGAAAAAUGGGUUUAAGAGGAAUGAUAAUCAGUCAUGAUUGAAUGGUGGAGCAGACUCGAUGAGCUGACUGGCCUAAUUCCAUACCUACGACUGAUGGUCUUAUUAAAGCCGGCACGGACAGGAAUACUGGAGCUCCAACACUGGGAUAAGCAGUGGGAAUUUCUACAUUAGGGGCUCUACCAUUAGUCUGAUCAACUUUUACAAGGCGUGCGCGCGCGCACACACACACACACACACACACACACACACACACACACACACUCUCACACACACACUCACACACACACACACACACACACACACUCUCACACACGCACACACACACACUCACACACACUCACAGACACACACACACAGACACACACACUCACACACACAUGCAGACACACACACUCACACACACACAGAGACGCACACGCACACACACUCACACACACACAGACACACACAGACACACACACUCACACACACACACACACUCUCUCACACACACACUCACACACACACACACUCACACACACACACUCACACACACACUGUCACACUCACAGACACUCACACACACACAGACACACACACUCACAGACACACACACGCACACACACAGACACACACACACUCACACACAGACACACACACUCACAGACACACACGCGCACACACACACACACACUCAGAGACACACACGCACACACACACACACAGACACACACACUCAGACACACACACACAGACACACACACUCACACAGACACACACACACACACACUCACACACAGACACACACACUCACAGACACACACGCGCACACACACACAGACACACACACACUCAGAGACACACACGCACACACACACACACACACACAGACACACACACUCAGACACACACACACACACACACACUCACAGACACAUACGCACACACACACACUCACACAGACACACACACUCACAUACACAGACACACACUCACACACACACAGACACACACACUCAGAGACACACACGCACACACACACACACACACAGACACACACAGAGACACACACACAGACACACACGCACACACACACACAGACACACACACAGACAGACACACACUCACAGACACACACGCGCGCGCACACACACACACAGACACACACACUCACACACACACACACACACAGACACACACACACACACGGACACACACACACAGACACACACACACACACUCACACACACACACAGACACACACACACUCACACACACAGACAGAGAGACACACACACACACACACACACAGACACACACUCAGACAUACGCGCACACACACACACACACACACACACACUCACACACACACACACACACAGACACACACACACACACGGACACACACACACAGACACACACACACACACUCACACACACACACAGACACACACACACUCACACACACACACACACACACACACACACUCACACACACAGACAGAGAGACACACACACACACACACACAGACACACACUCAGACAUACGCGCACACACACACACACACACACACACACAGACUCACACUCACACACACAGACACAGACACACACACACAGACACACACACUCACAGACACACACGCACACACACACACACACACACAGACACACACUCACAGACACACGCACACACACACAGACACACACACACACAGACACACACUCACACUGACACAGACACACACACACACACUCACAGACACACACACACAGACACACACACUCACAGACACACACGCACACACACACACACACAGACACACUCACAGACACACGCACACACAGACACACACAGACACACACACAGACAGACACACACACACAGACACACACACACUCACACACACACUCACACACACACACAGACACACAAUACAAACUUCAUAAAUAGCUGUCAACUGCACUGUUCACCAUUUACUUCUGCUGAGCACUACGUGCAUUUUGAAUUACAUUUUUGUUUUGUGCUCUAUGUGAUAUAUGUUUUGUGGGUGCACAUUGGUCCAGAGGAACUUUGUUUUGUUUGGUUGAGAUAUGGAUUGUCAGAUGACAAUAAACUUGAACUUGAACAGAGGUCAUGGUCAAUACUGUUUAAGUUUAUGUUGUACCUUCCCUGCCCCCCCUCCCCACCUGCUUGGCCUGUCGAUAUGUGGAACCGUUGGUGAAUUGGCUGUCAAGCCACUCCACGUCGGGAAGGGAAUGCCUUUCAUUCCUUGCUUUUAAAAACAGUUCAAAUGCUGGCUGAGACAAGGACGAGAAGAUGAAUAAAAUACUAUCCCAAUAGAAAUAGCCAUCUCACUAGUCCAUAAAAUGCCCUCAAGUGGUUAAAUUUGUCUGAGUCUCAUUUAACAGAGAGCAUUUUAAGAUCAAUUAUCUCCUCUCCUCCCCCACCACCAUCAGCUUCUCCCUUCAGGAAUUCCUAGUGCCUGUGCACACAAGAACCUCCAGAACAGUCCACUCCGACCCGCACAGGAAGAGCAAUAAUAAAGUGGUUUACUUCGCAGUUGCUGCAUGAGGAAUGUACCACUUCUCGGCCGAGGGAUGUAGCCCUUGAUCUAUUAAAAGCUGAGAGACGAGACAGAACUAGAUGCCUGUCAGGGCUUUGAUCUGUGAUAUUGGUACCUCGCAGAGGAGACCCAGAGGUAUCCAGAUAUUCACAGGCCUCCAUUUUGCCCAACAUCCUGGCUACUGUAUCAAGAAAUCAAAGAUUAGCUUUGUAAAAAUCAACCCUAUUUACAUGUGAUUGCAUGAACA